AUCGAUCUUGACUAAUCGAAAAUCGAUAGUAACGUCGAUUUAUAUUUACACAUUGUUGAAUGUUGAAUACAUUUUGUGAAUUUCGUGAUUUUGUGAACAUAAGUUUAAGAUGAACUGUUCUUUAACAUUACAGAAAUAACGAAUUAACCGAAUGAAAAGAAUUUAGAAUAUUGAAAUGCAGUAUACGAAGUUAAACGUGCAAUGUUCUGGAAGUUUUGUUUAAUUAUUGCGAUAAAAUUAUAAAUAUAGUUUUUGAAGAAUUGAGAUUUAAACAACUUUCAUGCUCUAUGAUAUAUAAAUAAACGCAGAACAUAUAUUAAUAUAUAUCACAUCCCAAUGUCUGUAUCGAUAUCUUAUUUAAUGUCCAUCGAACAUUUUGCUUUUGCAAAAGUAUAAAAUAUUACUUUACACGGCACAAAUAGAGCUUGUAACAAAUUUUUGCAAGGAUGUUAACUCCCAGAUUUAAAAUAACUCAAACCGAUACGGAGGUUUUAAUACUAAUUCAGGCACCAUAUGCCAAUGUGAAGGACACAGAAGUUUAUGUUGAUGGAACUGAUUUUAGAUUUUACUCCACACCAUACUAUUUGAGGUUAAAACUUCCUGGCCAAAUAGAGGAAAAUGACCACUCGUUUGGAUCAUACGAUUGUGAAAAAGGGAAUUUCGAUUUACAAUUUUCAAAAGUAACAAAAGGAGAAUAUUUUGAAAAUUUAGACAUGAUAACUACAUUAUUAGCACCACCAAAGAAGAAGAAGAAUAUGCUCACUUCCAAUAUUGAAGUAAUUGGAAAUCCAUCAGCUAAUUCAGAAGAUAUUAAUGAAACAUUGAACGAGCAUAAUUCCACAGAUGAUAAAAACACAGAUGGGGAUGAGUGGUAUAUACACCAAAAUAAUCCUACAGAAACUAUAUCUCUUUUAUCGAAUUUCCCAAAAUAUGGUUUUGCAAAUAAAAUAUCCGGAGCUUUAGUGGCUUUUGAGUCAGCAUGGAUUAAGGAAAUAAUAGAUCUUCCAAUGCCCGAUACAACGCCUCAAUCUAAACGGAAAUGUUUACGAGAAAAAUGUGAACUUUCAGACUUUAAUGAAGAGCAUUACUUAGCAGAUCUUAUGCAACCAGAGUAUAUAAAACCGUAUAUAUCAUUUGAAGCAGAGUGGGAUACUUUGGAAAAGAGUACCGUUUCAUUGAAUGAAACAGAAGUAGAUCUAUUGAAAGAACUUCCGAACAAAGAAUACUUGUUAAACAAUGAAGAAAUACAUAGGUUGCUUUUAAGUUUAGUUGAUAUUUUAUUUGGUAGUUGUUACAAUCAUAGGACAACAUUGGGAGAAAAUACAGUUGAAAGCAGUUGGACUAUUGCUAAAUUAAGUUCUACUUUGUCUUGGUUUGAGGAUUUCUCAGACUCUAAGGAAGUUAUAAAAGCAUGUUUCAGACGAUCUUUAUGUUACCCACUUUACAGAAAUUGGGAUCUUUCUGUAAAAGUCCUCGAAGAUGUGACGAAAGUUAUUAAAUUAGGUAAAAAAUAUAUCAUUAAACGUUUCUGUGAAAUACAUAGUUUGUUUAACAAUUCGUGCGAACCACGGUAUAUAUUAAACCAGUUGUAUAUAAAAGAUUAUUUAGUUUGGUUACAACAAAUUCACGAAACUUUGAUAGAAUCGCUGGAGUUACUGAUAACUGAUAUUCAACCAAACAAGGAAGAAAUGGGAUUUGAUUUAGUAGAGUUAGAACAAGCAGCUUACUCGAUUACGGAAGAUCUCAUUAUAGAAAACUCCGUUCAUGAUAUGGUCGAUCAGAUGGAUGAAUUAACUGUUAACGACAAUGACAAGGAUAAGCUAAAGACUAUAUACUACAUUCAUGACAAACAUUCUUUAAAGUAUUUGUUAUCGAGUAGCUCAAGUUCUAGCGACAGCAGCGAUUCGGAUUCGGAGACCAAUUCGGAAAGUAGUACCUCGAGUACCAGCAGUACUACGAGCAAUAGUAGUCAUUUAGAUUCUGACGAUGUAAGUGAACCAGAGUGAAUAAAAAAGGUGUGAUUUAAUGUUUAACCAUUAAGUGUAAAAUUCUAAAACUUUUUGUGUGUUUUUGUUGAUAAAGAUUUAUUACCAACAAUUAUCUCUAAAAAAAUAUUUUUAA